CGAGUUAAGCAAGAACCGGACGACGGUCGGCGAAGCAUGACGCGAGCUCCUCUGACUUCGCAAGUUGAUGAUUUCUUAAGUUCGUGUCUACCCGGAAAGAGAGAGGAGACGGACCAGCGACGCCGCAUCGAUGAUGACACAGCAAGAUGGGGAGACUGGGAGCGCCAAAGACUGAUUGGAGACAGAUACGAGCGCCAGCGAGACUGCCGUGUUGAUGAUAUUCAAAGGAGAAAUAAUGAACAGCGCAGAGAGGGUGAGAGACGACAUGACAAGGAUAGGCGGCGUGACGAGUAUAGACCAACGGUCUCGGUCAAACGCGAACCAGUAGAUCAGUCCUUCAACGAUGACAGAACGAGAGACCCACGAAGAGCUUACGGUCGGCAUUUAUAUAUUUCCUCGGUCAGUUUCCUGAGCAGCGUGAUUAGGGGCAACUGUUAAUCCGCGGAUCAGAAUUAAGAGAGAGAUGGAUGAAGGUUCUGCUCCAAGUUUAAGUGGGCGGUCGGACCAGUGGAAACGCGUAAAGAGGGAAGGGUGAACUUGACACGGCCGUAAAGUGUAUUCACCAUGCUUAUUGUAUAAAAUAUGAGUGUAUCCACGCGUAACUGAUUAUAU